UGGCGCAAGUCAAAAAUCGCGUCAAAAAUCGCGUCAAAUUUCAAGAUGUUGUCAAUUCUGCGCAAGGCUCGGCUGAAGGAUAAGGAAAUGCGCAUCCUAAUGCUAGGCCUAGAUAAUGCCGGCAAAACGACCAUAGUGAAAAAGAUCAUGAACGAGGACGUCAACAGCGUCAGCCCCACGCUGGGGUUCAUCAUCAAGACGAUCGACUAUGACGGGUACAAACUCAAUAUCUGGGACGUAGGCGGGCAGAAGACGCUGCGUACGUACUGGAAGAACUAUUUCGAGAAGACGGACACGCUUAUCUGGGUGGUGGAUGCGACGGACCGCGAGCGCAUCGACGACUGCCGCAGGGAAUUGAAGGGGCUGCUCCUCGAAGAGCGGCUCAUGGGGGCAAGCCUGUUGGUGUUCAAGAACAAGAGCGACGUUCCUGGGGCAAUGAGCGACGACGAGAUACGCCAGGGGCUCGAACUGGAGGCCAUCACGACGCACAAGUGGACGAUCAAGGCGUGUAGCGCAAUGACAGGGCUGAACCUCGAGGAAGGGCUGGCAUGGGUGAUUCAGGACGCCAGGGAGCGGCUGUUCCUGUUCUGAGAGGGCGGCAGCAAGGAAAGGAAGCGUAGGGAAGCGGGCGGGCGAGGAUCGGGGCUAGCGCGACCAUCAAUCAAACAAGGCUCACACACCGCA